AUGUCUGAAGUCCAGAAGCCCGUCGAGGAGACGCCCGCCGUCGUCCCAGAGACCACCCCCGCCGUUACCACCGCCGCUACCGAGACUCCAGCAGUCGCCGAGCCAGUGGUCGCUGCAACAACCACCACCGAAGAGCCCGUCAAGGCCACCGAGGAGGCUCCCGCUGCUGAGGAGCCUGCUAAGGAGGAGCCUGCUGCUAAGGAGGUUGUCCCAGCCACCGACGGCCAGCUUGGAUACAAGGCCCCGGGACUCGUCAAGAGCUUCCGCUUUGUCAAGAGACACUUCUGGUUCACCGAGGAGCCCGUCGAGAGCAAGCAGCUCACCUCCUACUUCCAGAAUGAAAAGCUUAGCUUUGCUCACCCCAACGCUGCUUGGGCCAGCCAGACCGGCAAGGGUCUUCUUUUCUUUGCCAAGCGCACUGAGGACAAGGCCAACCCUGCUGGUAUCAUCAACUUGAGUGAUGUCACCGAUAUCACCAAGGAGGGCAGCAACGAGUUUAUCUUCAAGCUCCACGGCCAGAAGCACACCUUCCAGGCCGCCGACGCCGACGAGCGUGACAGCUGGAUUGCCGCCAUCGAGGCCAAGUCUGCCGAAGGAAAGGCCGCCAAGGAGGAGAUCGUUGGUUGUGAGGGCUACAAGAGCGAGCUUGAGAAGUUCACUUAUUUUAUCGUUUUGACUAACGGUGGUGCAGCCAAGGUCCCCGUCGUUGCCGCUGUUGCCGGCACCGCCAAGAAGGUGACCGACGAAGCCAAUAAGGCCGUUGAUGCUGUUGUCGAGCCAAAGGAAGAGAAGAAGGACGACAAGAAGAGCCGCUCUCAGUCUCGCAAGCGUGCCAGCAUCUUUGGAAACUUCCUCGGAAAGAAGGAAGAGCAAGAAGAGAAGAAAGACGAGCAGAAGGAGGAAGACAAGACUGAGGAAAACAAGGAAGUCAAGAAGGAUGAUGCUGAAACUACUCCAGCUGCUGUGACCGAUGCUCCUGAGGUCACCGAGCCUGCCGCUGCCGAGGCCGCUGAGGCCUCUACUUCCGCUGCUGCUGAGCCAGCCGCUGAUGCUCCUGCUGAAGAGUCGAAGCCAGAGGAGAAGAAGGCAGAGACUCCUGUCAAGUCCAAGCGUACCUCCAUUUUCGGCAGCUUCUUCCAGAAGUUCCCCAAGGAAGAUCAGGACAAGGCCAAGAAGGAGGCCGUUUCUGAGACCCCGGCUGUCUCUAGCACUGCUCCCCAGCUCGGCGACCCUGUCGAUGCCUCAACCUCCGAGCCAAUCAAGCCGGAGACUGUUACUGCUACCGCUGAAGAUACCGCUGAAAAGGCCGAGAAGACCGAGGAGGUCACUACCCCAACCUCGGGCAACAAGUUCCUCUCCUUCAUGAAGAAGUCUGACAAGACCGAGAAGAUUGAGAAGGCUGAGAAGGCUGCCACUGACGCCGUCGAGAAGAAGGUUGAUGAGGCCGUCUCCAAGGCUGACGAGACUGCCACUGCUGCAGUUGAUGCUGUUGUUCCCGGCCUCAAGGAGAAGCGCCGUACAUCGCUCUUCGGCAACCUCGGUGGCAAGAAGGAGAAGAAGCCUGAAGUCGAGGGUGAAGCUCCCGAGGGCGAGACUAAGAAAUCUAGUUCCCUCUCCGGACUCUUCCGCAAGCCCAGCAAGGCUGUCAAGAAGGAGCCUGCUCCCAACCCAGUCCCCGAGACUGAGCCCAUUGCAGAGGAGCCCGUCACCGAGACUCAAGCUGCUACCACCACCGAGCAGGCUGCCAACGGUGAAGAGCCCAAGGCCACCGAGGCCCCCACCUCUGAGCCCGCUCCUGUUGCCGCCACCCAACCCGUGCCCACUGCCGCAUGA